GCGCGGCGUGGGUGGCAGCGCCGGAGGAGCCAGCGCCGGACGCGCCACGGCCCAGGUGCAAUGGAGGCCAUCUCUCUGGCCGGGGUGCUCUGGGCCUUCGUGCUGGUUCUCCCGGCGGUGCUGGCCACGGCUCUCUGCAUCGGCUGCCGGGACACGGGGUCUCCUGCCCACGGAGCCCAGGCAGUCGGGGACUACGAGUACAAACCCCCACCUUGUGUCCCCCCCAACAGCUUCAUGGUGCUGACCAGAGCCAACUAUCCCUCCAGGAACCAGAUCAAACAGCAACCAGUGCCACCCGCUGAGCAGUUCCUGUCCAUCCCGCGAUCCCCACAAGCGCCCCAGAGCCGCCAAGUCUCCUUCACCAGGACAGAGACCGACAACGACAGCGUCCCCAGCUAUGAGAAUGAGGAGCGACCCCGUGGGGACGACGACGACGACAACGACUAUAACAACGAGAUCUACACCCCCGGCUACGUUGAGGUGCUUCCCGACAGCGUCACCGAGACGUCCCCCACGGAGCUGGUCACCUCGGGGCCAGAGCUCAGGGACAGCGCGUCCUCAGUGGGAAUGGGGGAUGAGUACGAGAACAUGCCGGAGGCCCAGAGGGAGUCGCUGGCUGACAGCCUGGAGUACGUCAACAUGCCAGAGCCUGUAUCCGGCCUCCCUGACGCCCACUACGGCGCCAGCGACCGGGAGAGCGAGGACGACGGGCCCGACUACGAGAACCUGCACCGCUGAGCGCGAGGCAGACCCCCAGCUCUGGAGAGCGACCCCCCCCGCCCCCCGCGGGGAACCCGCCUUCGAGGAGCGAACCAACAGCUGGAUGAGCCCCGAGGAACCUUGCCACAGGGGGCCUGAGAAACUCCCCUGCUGGCCCCCCCUGCACCCCACAUCCUGAGAAACCACCUGUGAAAGCCCCACGUGAGGGCUCCUUCUGCCACCUGAGAUCCCCCCCCCGGGCUCCCCGCCCCCCAGCCACCAUCGUUAAUUUAUUGCCCUUCCCCCACUCAAUGCUGGUUCUGCACCUUUUCUGACAUAGCCUGAGAAUUUCCCAGCAUCCUUUGAGGUCUCCCCCCCCAUGUCCCCCACCCCUGGGGGGCAGCCUGGGCCCCCAGAUACCACGGGGGGCGCGGUCAUGGGCCGCACUGGGAGCCCCCCACCCUCUGCUGUGCUGAGCGACCCUAGCGCGUCCGGUCGCUGAAUAAAG